GUAGAAGGAUCAGCGGGGAGUAUGCUGUUUUGCGGCGGAUCGGCAAUUGACGCCUCCCGCGUGCUUAGUGCAUGACGCACAAAUUCCAUCCUUAUCGCCUCCUCCCGUUCUCUCCAUCGAUACGCCUCAGCCAUCAUCAUCGCGGAAUAAUCGAUGUCACCGCGUGGCUUGUCGUGAAGAUCCUCGGAGUGCUCGCUAGGCUUGGCAUCGCGCUUCUCUUCGGUUGCGGACGACGCCCUCCGCCUUACUCAUACCGGCAUGAGCCACGGGUGAGCGCUCAACACUCUCUAUGUUUCUGCUAGCUAUGACCAUCCUUUAAAACACCGCGGAACAGUUUCACGGUUCCCUUCGUUGACCCGUAAGCCAGAAUCCAGAUCUUCCAACCCCGCUAUCGUGCGGCAUCCC